GGACAGGAAGGGAAGAGGAAAAAAAAAAUCAAACGUCGGACACCAAUUUCUAAAUAGUUGUUCCUGCAAUGACCAUCUGGCACAGUGGGCUUUUAGCAAAGUUGGUGGAAUGAGCCCUACUUGAGCUGUGCACUCAUAAAAUGUUAUUCACACGUAACAUUCAAGUGUAUGCAAUCACUGGAACUGCACAGUUAUUCCUAUGUUCAAGUGUAAAGCCUGUGGAUACCAGUUGAGCUGCAAUGUUCUCAUGUAAUUUUCCGCAGCAAGAGUAUGAUCUGUGUGCGCUGCGGCUGUGGACACCGUAGCCGAGCUGUGCAAAUCUACAAAGGGAAUCUUCCUACGUCACACUCAAUGAGCGUCUAAUCUGUGUACACAAAUGUCUGAGCGUCAGCCAUCCCCGCCCCACGGCUGGUCCCUUUGCUGGGGGUGUUGCUAGGUCCUUAAAGGACUUGGGGCAGGGUCCCUUGCAACUCUGUAAUUCUGUCAUUUUUGGCAACAAAAAAAAAAAGGAGUCAUCGGAGAAAAAAACGUGUCUGGGAAAAAGGCACGCCAAUUGUGGACCAUAUAACUGAAUGGGCGGGAGGUUUGGGUGCGGGGGGGGGGAGAGAAGGGCGGAGACGCGAGCAUUCCAUUGACAGCAAAGUCGCGAGCGUUCCAUUGACGGGGGCCCGCCCCCCGCGCUCUAGAGAACCAGCCCCGCCCACACCCGUCUCUCCCGGCAUGCCCCGCGGCGAGAGAACCUCGGCGGAGAGGUCUGCGAAGAGAGUGUGUGUGUGUGUGUGUGUGUCUCUGUCCGCGUGAAAACGAAGAAGAGCAUUGUGGGGGAGAAAAGCGAGGGCGGGGCCUACCAGAAAACCCGCAUCUAUAAAUAGGCUGGUGGGAGUGGGGCGGAGCUUCCCCUUCCCAAUCCGAGGAAACGGGGAAAGGGGCGUGGAGGGAGGAGAGCGAGAGGAGAAAGAAAGGCGAGCCAGCCAAUCGUCGGCCGCCUCUUUGGCUGUCUCCCUCCGCCAGUUGGUCUCGCGCCGCUCAGUUGCCGGCUGCUCCCGCUCGCGUGACGACGACGACGACGACGCUGCUGCUACUGCCGCCGCUCCUCUUCGCCCGCCGCCGUCUCGCCCUGCUGCCGAGGCUCCGUCGCCGCCUGCGCUCGCCCACCGCCGUCGCCGCCGCCUCCAUGGCCAACUACAUCCACGUGCCGCCGGGCUCGCCUGAGGUGCCGAAGCUGGACGUCGUCGUGAGCGAGAGGGACCCCGCUUCGGGGGCGGGAGGCGGCGGCGGCGGCGAUGGAGAAGGAGGAGGAGGCGGGCCCGGCUACCGCCGCGGGGCCCUCCGUCUCCUCAGCCAACUGAGGCCCGCCUGGAAGCCCGAGGAGGUGACGCUGAAGGUAACGGCUGAGGCGAAGCGGCGGAGGGUGGCUGUGAGGGGGGGAAAGAGAGAGAGAGAAGCGGGAGGAGGAGGAGGAGGCAGGUUGUGGGGAGGGGGAGAGAUGGCGGGCAGCCAUUGUGGCGAGGCGAGGCGAGGGAGGAGUAGGAGCGGCGGCGGCGGCGGCGGCUCUGUCUUUCUCUUUCUGUCUCUCCUCAGCGCUUCCCUCUUGAGGGGGAGAAUGAGAGAGGAGGAGAGAGAGAGAGAGGGAGAGAGCGGCUCGGGCAGCCUCGGCUUCCAUUCAGCUCGCGCAGCCCGAAGGAGGAGCAGGCAGGUUGGGCGUGCGCGCUGUGCCCGUGCGGUUCCAACUCGUACAUGGACUACACGGAGGCGCGCGCUCACACGCGCACGUUUCUGUGCAAGGCGGACGAGUCGGAACCCGAGCCGUGUUCUAAUUAUAGAGCUGGGGGGGGAGGGGGUGCGUGCUCGUAUGGCGUGAUACGCCUGUGUGUUAGAGAGAAGGAGAGAGCGCUUAUAUUCUAGUAACAGCUCAGACGAUACACGAUGGGGAGGAGUGUGUGUGAGAGAGAGUGAUAUGCCUGCGUGUAGUGUAUGUAUGUGAUACAGGUGUGUGUGUGUGUGAUGCACGCAUAUUAAAUACAAGUGUGUAACAUCCUUGCAUGUAAUAUAUAUGUGCAUAUAUGAUAUGCCUGGGUUUAAUACAUGUGUGUGUAAUACACUUGUGUGUAAUAUAUAUAUGUGUGUGUGUGUGUGUGUGUGUGUGUUUAUGUGACAUGGUAGUAAUAUACAUGUGUGCUAUGUGUGUGAGAGAGAGAUACCUGUAGGUGUGUUUGAGCUUUUAUUCCAGCAGCGUAGCUCAAAGGAUGCAGAAUAGGGAGGAGUGCACAUGUGAUAACACCUUUGUAUCUGACUGAGCUUGUACUCUAUUAAUAUAGCCUGAAGGAUAUAGGGCAGGGAGUUGCGUGUGUGUUGGUGAGCUUGUAUUCUUGUAGUAUAGCCUGAAGUCUUAUGUGUACUUGUGGGUGUGUAUACCAUGCAUAUAGAGAAAGGGAGAAUAAGCUUUCCCUGCUCACCUUUCCUUAAAAAAACCUCACCUCUUGCUUCUCUCUUUCCACAGGGCUCAUCUCUUCUCUCUCUUGCUUCCCCCUCCCAACCCUGUUUCAUGAGGUUAUGAUUGUUUUAAAAUGGGAUCCACCCUGAACUGAUUUGUGCAAAAAUCACACAUAAAACAUGCUAGUUCGCAGGAAGAGGAAAAUGGAACAAGAGAGAUGGGGGGUAGGGCUGGGUUCCUUAGUAUAGGUUGCCAUGUAGGCUUUUGCAGUGUAUAGCUUGAGAGGCAAAGGGGUUGCCAUGUAGCAAGCACACAACAUCCAUACAAAUCUCAAUUGAGGAAGUCAGCAUUCUUUUAUCUCCUUGUCUUUCCAGAAAAACCAUAAGAAAAACUUGAAUUUCUCUGUCAAGUUUUAACUCAAAGGAAUGCUGGGAGGACAAUAUGUUCCUCCACCCUUUCCCCAAUGCACUUUUCUUUGUAGAGGGAUUUAAGCAUUACAAUAAUAAAGCAGCAGGAGUUGAGUGAAUACUCUUCUGUAUUUUCUCUCAGAGAGCAUAUUGUAGUUAUUCACGUUUUCCCCAAACAACAUUGUCCCUGUCAAAUCUUUCGCACUCUACUGAAUAAUUAAGCAUGGGGCAGCUUCAGGUUAUCACUUUCACCUCAAGGAAAGGUGUUAAUGAACUAUUGCAUUGAUGCAGCACAUAGGAAAUAAAGGCAAAACUUUCUGAAGGAAAGCCUGAAUAAAGUGGCAUAAGCUUGCAUACAACUAAGUUACACUCAGACCCACUGAAAUUAAUGAAUCUAAGUUAGUCCUAUCCUUUCAAUGGGUCUUCUCCAUGUAUGGCUAGCAUUAGAUAUAACCCCUUGUCUUCCUUUCUUGUCUCUCUUUCAAGUCUUUCAAGUCAGGGGCAACUUCAUCCUUCUAGCCAUUUUCUGCUUCAAAAUGGGUGUUUACCCAAUCUCAAAGAGGUUUUGCAUUGUAGUAAUAAACUUAGCAUGUUAAGUUGAGAAAUUGAACUAUCUAUGUUAAAUAGCUUUAUUUUGCACUUUGUGGUGUAUAGUUGCAUUGUUUUAAAGUGUGGGAGGGGAAGGGUUACAAACAGAAUAUAGCUGAUAUAAAACAUUAUACAAAUAUACCUUCUGUGGGUUAGCCAGAAAACUUUUUGGAGUUCCUUACUGCAAGAGAUGCAUUUAUAGUGAUAGCUUUAAAAAAUAUCUGCCCUGAAUCUCUUGGAUCGGGUAGGUUACAGGCAAACAGAUUUGACAGCAGAGGGUCUUGGCUCCUUAGUUGGUCUUAAUUUUGGGACAGCUUGUGGUCUUCAUAAAAGUUGCUUUGUAGCUGUUAUUUAAAAAUUUCAACAUUUGACUGGAUUAUCUUCCUGACAUGUGUGUUGCAGAGCUUAUUCAGCUUCUUGGUUAGGGAUGUUGAAGAUCUGUUUAUGCUUGCCAAUGUCUGUACUUCUAAAAAAUACACAUCAGUGAUGUAGGUUUAUUUGGGAAAUUUUCAGUUGGCAAUGAGAGAAAAAAUUUCAUGCCUUGGAGUGACUUAAUUUAGCGUGCCUUUUUAACAUGUAAUUAGUAAACAAAUCAUUAUUAGUUUUUUGUCCCAGUAUCUGAAACAUUUUAUAUUAGAGUAUUCACAUUUAAUGUGGUUUAAAUGUUUUUUAUUGGAAUGCUUAUAAAAAUGCAAAAUAGCAUGUACUGCUCAAAAGUUAAGUUGCUGAAACUUGUUUACACUAAAUUUAGCAACUCAAAGAACUCUGACUUGCUGAUGACAACUAAUCUAUUUCAGCAAAGUUCACUUCUUUUACACUUAGCUUCUCAGGGGCCCUCCAGUCUGAUGUCACUACAGGCACACACACCCUAUUACACAUAAGUGACUUGUGCACAACCGCAUAUAUGCAUGGUGCCAGGAAAUACAUAAAUAAAUAGGUAGAUUCAAACCAGGAAAUAGCAGGAGAGAGCUGGAAAAUCCUAGUUGUUUGCAAGGAGACCUUUCCUGGACUCUGAAGAGGACUUCAGUGAGGACAGAGGAAGCCCCAGAGAGACCAAAGAGAUUUGUUUAGGCUGUUCUGCCUCCCCGCCUAGCAGCUGAUUUGCACGGCAGCGCAGCAGCAGCCUCCCGCCAGCCCAAGAGCUUCAACUGUUGUUGAAGAGGGAGAUGUGUGGAGAGAAAACUGUAGAGCAGGAGAAAGGGGCUUUUAGAGGGUGCUAUUUACAUGGUGUUUAUUUAUCUUCACGGGCGCCCGGAACAUAACCCCUGCAUAAGUGGGGGGGGGGACGCCUGUACUAAAAUCUUUUAGCUUGGGAUUUCCUUUGACCUGCGCGGUCAGUGUGGUGAAUUCCAUUAAAAAGUGGAUUCUUUUUGUUUUGAUUUAUUUACUUAAAUAUUAUAAAUACUGCCUCUCUAAAUAUAUGUUGAAAGAGGUAGUGCAGUAGUAAAAUAAGAUCAACAGCUCUAAGCAUGUACAAUAAUUAAAAAUCAAUACAAUACAUAAUCAUCCAGAUAAACUCUUAUAAAAUAAGAUAGUUAUUAUUUUUACUUUCCCCUUUGCCUACAGAUCAGUGAUAUUUAUUCUGACAUGAUUUCUAGGGAUAAUCACCUAAAAACAUUAAUUACAAUAUUGUAUUUGUAGUUUAAAUUAUUACAAAUUAACUUAUGAAAUACGUUCAAAUAUUUCCAUUUGAAAAUAAAGCAUUAAAAAUUAUGUUUUGCAAAAAAUUUACCCCACAUCACUGACAGAGAGUAUAUAUUAUAAUUAUUAUUAUAUUUAUUUAUACUCCAUCUUUUUCCCUGGUAGGACUCAAGACAGUUUACAGAUAAAUAUUAGAACUGUUAAAAACAUAGAAAAUAAUCAUUAAAAACAAUUAAAUACAUAUAUAUCUUAACUCUAUUAAAACCAUAGCUAUCAUUAUAAUAAAAAUAGCAUGGCACUAGUCAUAUUAAAAACUGUCAGUUUCCAAAAGCCUGUUGGAACAAAGUCUUCACCUAGCUUCUCAAGGAGAGAGUUCCCAAGCCCUCUCCUUCAUUCUUACUAAUUAUGCCUGUGAGGGUGGUCUCAUUAGAAGGAGUAAAUAGUGGUUAAACAGCUUAAAUUUCAGUGGUACCUCGGUUAAAGAACAGUCCAGUUUACAAACAAUUCACGAACUCCGCAAAACUGGAAGUAGUAUCCCGGUUUGCGAACUUUACCUCAGUAAGAAUGGAAUCUGAACGGUGGAAGGGCACCAUUGGCGGGAGGCCUCAUUAGGGAAAGUGCGUCUCGGUUUAAGAAUGGUUUCAGUUUAAGAACGGACUUUCAGAACGGAUUAAGUUCAUAAACUGAGAUACUGCUGCAUUAGUUUUGGCCUAGGGGCUAUGUAUAGCAUUUAUGAUUAGGUAUGAUUCAAAUAGAAUAUUCUAGAACAGGAAUGUACUAGAAUUAUUAUAAUAAUAUUUCUAUACAGCCCUUCAUCUGAGAAUCACAGGGAAGUUUACAAUAUAAAACCACAAAAAUUAAUGUAGUUUCCUCCUGACCAUUAGGAUGCAUGUCUUUAGCUGUAACAUCCAAUUCAUUGUUUGACAUGGAUUAUACUUGACUGGAAGUAGUUGCCCAAUUCAGAUGUUGUAGCAAGCUGUUAGAGAAAAUUAGACAUGGAGGAGGCAAUCCACAGUGAGGGGGAAAGUAUAGGAUGGGGUGCAUGAGUCCAUGGCACAUUCUCAAUCUUCAAAUCAUGAUUUGAAGGAUUGUCCUCAUCUACACAUUACAGUAAGCCAUAGUUGUUGUUGUUUUUAAAAAAGCUCGUGUGCACUGUUCAAAUUGGGUCCUCUGUGGCUAAGAGGAAACAAACCACAGUGCUGGCUUAGUUUUGCAUGAGAAACGAGUGCUUGUUCUUCAAACUAUGAGAGAAUGUUGAGUACAAAUGCUGCUCAGUCACCGUAAGGCAUAGUUUGUGACCGUGGCAUUCCACAAUGCAUGAGUCAGUCUGUUUGAAUUGAGCCAUAGUGAAUUAAAUGUAUUUAUCCAGUUUAGGUGUUCUAGAGUAUGCAUCCAGAAUGGAUGACUAGCCUUGGAGAAAUGCAGCAGUUCACGACUACUGCCAGACCACUUGAUUUCUAUAUUGGUCAUGCCUUCUGAAGCGUUGCCUUCUGAAGUGUUAUCAGCUGAAAAGUGUAGUGGCCAGUUGACUUCUGUGCUGCCAGAAAACGAGAGGCUUUGCUUCCUCUAGCAAGGAAGCCAAGCAGGUUGGUGAAUGAGGGACAGUGCAAUCCUUCUCCCUCGCUGCAACUAUUAUAGGAGCCAAGUGAUCUGGCAGAGGAGGUACAGAGCAGUCCAUUCCUUCUAUGCCAUCCCAUUAGGUUACUGGAAUAGAAUUCUUGGAAUUUCUAGUUACCAUAUACAGGUAUCUUGUGAUUUAAUAUAAGGCUGCAAUAAAUGGAUUUGUUUCAGAUAUAAAUUCCUGAAAUAGAUAGCUUUCUGUCUGGUACCUUUCUUUACGCAGUACAAAUUUGCAUUCUCAAACAGGUGGUCCUCAUUCACACUUCAAAUAUGUAUUUUGAAUAUGUACUUGAAAAUGAGUGCAUUUGCACUUAAUUUUACAAGCAGUGUUAGUUGGCGCCAUCCCUGAUGAAUUAGUUAUAUAUGGUUCACAUUGCUAUUUUCAGUGAGGACUGCUGCUCUUCAUUGUGCAUGUUGAGAAGAAGGCACUAAAUAGUAAUUAUCUCAUUUUUCUUAGUGUUGCAUGAGGGAGAAUGACUAUUGUGUUGCCUUUUUGAAAAGGAUACUUUAGCCAACUAUUUCUGUUAAAGAAGUAGCAAAUAGUUACUUGAAGCUCUUUCUCCUAGAAGUUUGGAACUUCUGCUGAACAAACAUAAUGGCUAGUGCCCAUGUAGAGGUGAAUCUGGUUGUGAGCUGUUUUGAAGAACACACCCAUUGAUCAUAUGUGAUUUGGUUGACACAACCUACCAAACAAAAAUGGAGUAGAAUAAUUAGAAGACCGAAUAUAAAAUUAGAUGAAUUAAGGGCUUACAUCUAAGCAAUAAAAUUCAACAGUUUGCAACAGGAUAAAUGGUUCUACAGCUGAUUUAACUAACAGUAUUAUGUAGUACACCGAGAACUUUCAGCUGUUGGGACAGAUUACUCCAUAAUAGAACAGAAGUCAUAAAACCUAGUUUGAGAAGACCCUUGGCUGAAUGCUUUAAAUUUUAUAUGUGCUUGUGCUGUUCCUUAUAUCAUUUUAUUAUUAUUUAUAUAUGGUUACAGGUUUUCUAAAAAUGCUUUAUACACUGUUGAUGUUUGGGGGUGUUUACUUUGUGAGCCACUCAGUUGUAUGAUGAGGAGAAAGUGAUAUAAGAUUUUUAAAAAUGUAAAUAUAUAUAUUUUGUGUGUGUGUAAGAUUAGUACAGCCUGGACAACUGAGGGAAGACUAGUUCACUCAAGACCAGGCCAUGGAAGUUGAGUGUUUUUUGCAUGCUAUAUUCUGGGUGGGUCUUUCAUUGUAAUAUAGAUAUGAAAGUGCCAACAAAUUCUGGUAAUACGAAUGUGAAACUGAAGAGGGAAACAGCACUUCCUCCAGUUGUAUUGUUUUAAUAUCUUUUAGUGAACCAUGUCUCUACCCUGUAGAAUUUUCAGAAAUGGCUAUUCCUAAACUAAACUGCAGCAAGUUAGCUGAAGGUUGGCAUACUAGCUCCAUUGUAGAUGGGUGUUCUGUUUUGUUUUUUACUUAGCAGCAGCAUUAUAUUGCAGCUUCAAGUUUCACUUAGCCAGUGUACUAAUUGCUAUUUUGGAGUUACGUUAAGCUUUGGCAUUCGCCUUUUAAAAGUCUAACCAUUAUAAACUCAGGUAGGCAGCCAUGUUGAAACAAAAUUUAAAAAAAAAUCCUUCCAGUGGCACCUUAAAAAGCAACUAAGUUAGUUAUCGGUAUAAGCUUUUGUGUGCAUGCACAUCAACUCAGUGGAUUAUCUUUAAUUACAGCCUUUGUCAUUCGUUACAGUUUAGAAUAGAGCUUGACCUAUUACCACAUUCCUUUUUUCUAAGGCUGCUGUCCUACACACACUCACCUCAGUGGGACUUAACUUUUGAGUAGACCUGAGUAUAGGUCUGUAAGCUGUUUUAAAUUGUUCUUAAUAUUGUUUUUUAUUAUUAUUAAAAAAAACCCCUGCUGUAACCUACUCUGGGACCUCAGGUUUUUGAAUGUGUCCUUGAGUUCAAAAAGGUUGGCUGCCUCUAGGAUGCACUCUCAAACUAGAUGUAGUCACAUGACUUCCUGGCUUGCAUGAUACGCUGUCAUUUUCAGUGACUAUUACCCAGCUACUUUUUUUUAACAUUCAGAGCUCAAUUCUAGAACCUGGAGUUAUGGACAAAUCUUUCAUGUAGUUCUAUCGUUUGGGAUCUAUUCUCCAGUGAUCUGACUUUUUGAGACUUCCGUUACUAAGAUUCUUUUCUUGUGCUUGUCAACUAUGGUCUUGUUCUGUUCACUUGCACCUUAAACCUUAGUACGUAAUUCUUGUCAAAUUAUCUGGCUUCCUGCUGUGCUUGCAUGAGAGCUGAUACUCAUUAGUUUUUUCACACCAGACGUUUUGUUUAGCAGCACAAGUUUCUACUAUGGCACUGACAAUUCAGUUGCUUCUACUUAGAUAACUCUUAACCAUAACCUUUUUGAUGUAAAAAUAAGACAUUUCUCCUUUCCAUUUUGAAAGACAGGUACUAUUAAUAAAAAAGAAGAGAUUAUUACUAGUAUGUUAAUAGAAUACUUGAAUUGGUAAAUAGUUCAGUGACAUGUAUUAUAUGACAUUAUGCAACAGCUAUUUUGUAAUCUAUAUUAGAAUCAUCUGGUCAUGUGACAAUGUGACAAACUAUGAGGCCUGGAGCAACUACAUAGUAAUCACCAUAUGAAAACUGAAACAUGUGUUUUAUGAUCCUUUUAAAGCAAAUGGCUAUAGCACUCUGUUUCUGGAUUAUUGUAUAAUUUGGUUUGCAUGGGUCUGGGUGCUAGAGAAAGUAAUUUAGAUCUAGAUUUUGCUGUUUUGCUUUUAAACAGAAUUGUUUGCACAUUGGCACACUGAGGAGAAACGAAUGACUUAAAAGAAUGACCCUUUAGCUUCAGCAAUUAAAGCAUUUGGAUAAGUAUGAAAACCUCUUUCAGAGUAUUGCUGCUGAUUGUCUUUUAACAGUAUUACAAAUUCAUCUAGAAAUACCAAUUAAUUAAACCCCAUCAAUGUUUUAAAUUCUUUUGUGGUUGUAUCCUUACAAUAACCCUGCGGGUUGGCUAGGAGAGACUGGUUCAUGGUCAUAAUGACUGUUAAAGCAGAGAACUGAAUUCUGAUCCAGGUAACUCACCUCAUGUGCUAUAAAAAAGGUAAAGGUACCCCUGCCCGUAUGGGCCAGUUGUGUCCGACUCUAGGGUUGCGCGCUCAUCUCGCUCAAGAGGCUGGGAGCCAGCGCUAUAGCUACCAAUAAAACAGGUAAAACACACCUGCAUUUUAAUUUGGAUGAAGUACUGCUUGUGUCAUAGGCGUAAUUUUUGUGAGUGGACUUGAAAUUGGCUUGCUUUGUUGGACAGAUUUGGCACUUGCACAGUGUAGACAGAACUGCAGUUUGAGGUGUUGUAACUUAGUUGUACAGUGAAUCACUAAUCACCCUCCCCACCUUGGCUCUCCAUAUCCUAGGCAUCUGUUUUGUGGAAUACCUUUGUUACCAGCAGGCAGCCAAGCCUGAAGUUCAUGUACUUAAAAGAUUUACUGAAAAGGCAAUAGAAUAUUGCUGAGUAUAUUCAGCAAAGUCCCACAGUGACCUCCAGUGUCUAAAAUAUGCAACUGCAGGAAAGAAAAUAUUAACAUAAGUAAUGGAGCAGGGUAGACAAGGGCUAUAUGACUCACAAAAUGUGAGUGUGUGUGGCCGGCCAGCCGGCUGGCCAUAUGACCCAAGAGAUACUUUUGCAAGCAUAGAUUUGAUUGUCACCCAAUCCAAUCUUCACCUUUUCAGGCCCUCACCCAACUCACUUCUAUCACCUCACUUCAUUUUCUGUGGAGAAGAACCUUCUACCUGCUUGUGCUUUCCCAGAGUGGGCUGCAGUGUCUGGAGGACUCUUGAGGGCUGGAUGGAAUCAGGCUAUAGGCUCCUCACCCAUGCAUUAGAGUGCUUUAUUUUUGGUACCGUGCUGUCAAACAAGACUUGUCAACCUUGCGGCCCACUGACUUUGCACUGUCUUAUUCAGGUGUUUCACACAAAAUGGCCAUUGUGGUAGAGUGAGUACCAUGGAUUUGGACUGAGGAGACCAGGGUACAAAUGGACAUCACUGGAUUACUGGGAGGAUAAAAUGGGGUACCGCUAUAUAUACAGUAGCACCAUGACAUACUCAAAGGAUGGGUCCUUGCCCUGAUGACCCCAUAGUUUAAAUUUAUAUGGAGAUGAGGGAUAAGAGAUAAGGGUCACCAAGGGCAAAUGUGUGCAUUUGUAGUUAGACUUUAUUUCAUUUGUGGAUGGGGAUUUAAACCUUAAUGGAAAGUCUUAGGUUUGAGGAAAUUCUGGGAGGAAGUUAAAGACAUAGGCAGCAAGCGAGAAUUGAGCAGUUUUAGGACCACUUCAAAAUGGCUGAAAGUGGUAGAGCUUAGAAAAUGAAGACUGCAUUUUGCAGUUUCCCAUAAGUAGCUGUUGGACCAUCUUUACUCUUAUGUGUUGAAUUGUUUUCAAUUUCAUACUAUCAGCUAGUUUUGGAUACAGUCCACAAUGGGGGUGGGGGGAAGCAUGCAAGAAAUAUUUAGGGUGGAAGGGACUAGCACAACUGUGGUCUUCACAAGACAGGGCUCAUCAAAAUUAUUAGUAAUACGUUUUGCAGGCAGUGUUAAUGUAGCAUCUGUUUAAACAUUGAUAAAGAUUGAAGUUACCCCUUCCUUGGAACUGGCAGUACUCCUCCGUUAACUUGACCUCCCUGGCUCAUAGAUAUUAGAGCAAGAAAAAUGGCGCUUGAAGAGUCAGAAUAGACUGCAUUAACUUAGAUUAUUUCUAUGCAUGUAGAAUUCCUUAAUGUAUGUCAUUAAUCACAUUAGUAAUUCAGCAAUUCAUAUCAUAUUUUUGUAUUCCAUGUUGCUCAUUUUAAUUUCUGGUCUGUGUAAGGGCAUAAAUUCCAAAUAAAUAUGCAAUAUAGCUUAAAAUCAUUAUCUUAAUGUCUAUUAUUAGUCUGCCUCUGCUGUUAACUUUAUGAGCAGGACUUUUCAUGUGUUUCAUUCCUUAAUUCAUAGUGUCUUCAGCAACUUCUUCAAGCAGUGUCAUGCCCUGGUAAACAUGCCAUUAUAUUAGGCAAUACAGUUUUUGCAUUGGAAUAUAUUAUUUUAUGCUAGGAAAUACUGUGUCAUGCUUGAAUAUUCAUCCCUUUUUGUGGGUGUGUAAAAUAUUGUGUAUCCUGGGCCCUAUACUGUAACUAACAUGACAGUAUAGUUCAAGAGAUCACAGAAACCAAAACAGCUGCGUGUAAACAUCAAUCCAUCAGUGAGAAACUAUACAAAAACACAUGCCAAUGAAGCUGUUUUCAAUUUCAUCCUAAAUAAAUUCAACCACAUGGCAUACAGCUAUUUGGGAUAUAAAAUCCAAGGAGCUAGAGGUGGGGUGGCGACACUGGGUGAGUGAGCAGUUUUUCUGUUUGCGGAAGACUUCACUAAUUUAUGCUACUGACUACUAGAAACCUGAUUAUUAUUUUUUUAAACUAGCUUAUCAGUGUGAUUAAAUACAGUGGUACCUCGGGUUACAUACGCUUCAGGUUACAUAUGCUUCAGGUUACAGACUCCACUAACCCUGAAAUAUUACCUCGGGUUAAGAACUUUGCUUCAGGAUGAGAACAGAAAUCGUGCAGCGGCAGCAAGAGGCCCCAUUAGCUAAAGUGGUGCUUCAGGUUAAGAACAGUUUCAGGUUAAGAAUGGACCUCCAGAAUGAAUUAAGUUCUUAAUGAAUGUUAGAAUGAUGUCAGAAUGAAGUUAAGUGGUUUUAGCAGCAAUGUCAUAAAGGUGUAUGCAAAAAUGGAUGGUUAAUAGGUGAGAAUCUAAAGCUAUAAUAUAUUAAGUUAAAGGACUAAGACAAAAACAAAGAGGGAAAGGAAUUGCUGAAUUAACCAAUUGAACUGGAAUACAAAAAAGGGAGGUGAGAGGAGGUCAGGGAAGCAAGGAAAUGAAAGAUACGGAAGGAUUAAUUUGUUUUUAAGUGUUUUUUCUAAAAAAAAUUCUAUACUUUGUAUUUUGUAUGUUUUUUCUCUUUUUUCUAUAUUUUCCCUUGCCUCUUUUAUUUUUAACUAUGUAAUUUUUUGUUUCUGAAAUUUUAAUAAAUAUCAUUUAAAAAACAACAACAGAAUGAAUUAAGUUCUUAACCCAAGGUACCACUGUAUCUUCAUAGCUUUUGUGAAUGCAAAAACCGUCAAAUCAGUUCAUUUAAAAUGUUUUCUUGUGUGGUCUUGUAACACUUGGGGAGUUGUGUUUUAUCUUGUACCAAGAGACAAAGUUUGCUGCUGUGAGGAGUACAUAAGUAUUGUCAUUCUGUAGCUGGUGAAAAAUCUGUCUAGUCCAGCAUCCUGCCACUAUAAGGAACAAUGGUUGGCAGCCCUGGGGAAUGUGCCAGGGGGUGGGGUGACAAUAGCCACUCUGUGUGUUCCCAGCAUUUGAUGCUGGAUUUGCAAUGUCUCUGAACAGAGACUCUAUUUUCAGUUAUCCCAGCUAAUAGCCAUUGUUGACACAUCCACUUGUCUGUUCUAAGCUAGUGGCAGUCAGUACAUCUUGUGGCAAUGAACACUGCAAAGCUAACUGAGAAGUACUUCCGUUCCAAUGUGUAAAGAUAAUAUUUUCUUCUCUGGAAGACAUUUGCAAGGUGGCCACUUGGACUUAUCCCUUUGUAUUUAUCAUUACUACAAAGUAGACAAGUUUGGCUUGACCAAGGUAUCCUUUCAUCACAGGAGAAUACUCUAGCACUCACUACAAGAGGAGGUUGUCUUAUUUGUCUCUGGAGAUACUGCUUCUGAGCAACCACCUCUUUUGACCAAGAAUGAAGAGGUGGACUUGCCAUAAAGGGUUCUUGUUGGUGAUGAGUGCCUGUCCUGCAGGUCUAACCUGAAUUUGUGUGGAUUGGUGGGAUGCAUUUGUGCACUCACCUCUGAGAGAGUAGUCAGGUACUCAUUGACAACCUUCCUUGGAGUAUUUUGGUUGUCUUGUUCUAUCCUCCUGCUGUGGGACUGAAUCUGUCAAUCACCAAAGGCAGACACAGCAUUGUGGGAAGCAGGCUCUGCCAUGGUGCAUUGCAGCAUGUCAGUCUGUCCUGCCUUCGUGAAAGAGCACCUGUUCUCACUCUUGUGAAACAGGAAGCCAUGAAUGACUAAGCUGUCCCUGCUUUAUCUGUAAGCCAUACUGAGGCCCUUUUAGGGGAAAUAGGAGGGGUAUAAAUAAAUAUACAGUAGUGGUGGUAGUAGUAGUGAUAGUAGUAGUAAGUUUUAAUUAAAACUAAUCUGACUAACUCUUUCUUACAGGUAUUUACAGAUGGAAUCACCAAUAAGCUUAUUGGCUGUUACGUGGGUGAGGAAAUGGAUGAUGUUGUCCUUGUUAGAAUUUAUGGAAAUAAAACAGAGCUGUUAGUUGAUCGAGAGGAAGAAGUGAAGAGCUUCCGUGUGUUGCAGGCGCACGGCUGUGCUCCACAACUUUACUGUACUUUCCGCAACGGCCUGUGCUAUGAGUUUAUGGAAGGCGAAGCACUGGAUCCGGAACAUGUUUGCAACCCAGAGAUUUUUCGGUAAGCCCUUCAGCACUCUUUUCUCUAAAGAGUGAUGUUAGGUAUAUUUCCAUGCUGCAUAUUCCAUAGGGCUCUCUGGUGCCUGAUGCCCCAUUCCUGAGACCAUGCUAUUUUUGAGGAUGAAUAGAUACUUAGAUGAUUGACUGUAAGUAUAGGCAGCUGCUACAAUAUUGUAUUGUAUUGUUACCCAGCCAUUCCUCUAUUUGUUGGCUAAAACACUGGCUCAUGCUGUGGUCACCUGCCAUCUUAACGACUGUAACUCUUUUUUCUGACAUGCUUUUGUUACUUCUCUGUCCGUAAUGGCUGCCAAAGCAAUUCAGUUGUCAUUGUUCGAACCAGGUGGCACACCCAUUUCAAAUGUCUUUACUGGUUCCCCAUUGCUUCUGCCUCUGACACAUUUAACUUAGUCUUUCCUUGAAGUCUUUUCAUGGACUUGCUCCUCCUUAGUUUUCUUAAUCUGUCUUGCAAUGUGUUCUUCCCAUUGUUUCUCUAGUUUGGCCAUCCCCUGUCACCCAAAGAUAUCUGAUUGUUUGCUUAUUCUGUCUUUUUCUAUCCUUCCUUGUUCCCAGAACUUUUCCAGAAAUAUCUGCAUGGGACAUUCAAACGUGACUAUGUGGAACAUAAUAGACAUUGAUACAAUUAAUUUUUCAAAUUUGUGAGAUCGGCCUUCCCAGCCUGAUGAACUCCAGAUGUUCUAGCCAAAACUCCCAUCAGCCCCAGACAGCUUGGAUAAGGGAAGAUGGGAGUUGUCCAAAACAUUUGAAACCAGAUUGGGGAACCCUGUAUUAGACUAUUGUGAAGGCAGUCUGUCCAUCUUCAGCCUGUGAUGGCUCUAGGAACAUUGUGGCACACUUGAGACUUAAUUGGUUUUUCCUGUCUUUUUUGACAACUAUUUAGGGCCAGAUUUCUUACGUUCACAAGAGAUUUUAAAGUUUCAUUUUACUUUUGACUGGCAGCAGGGCCAAUUUGAUGACUUUGUGAUUAGCAGAGUUGUUCAGUCAUCAGGCUUGUUCUUCAGACCACUGGAAGAAAUGCUGCUCUCAGUUUCAUUAAGACUGGUGAUAGUUUGCAUUUUGGAGAGAACACUCCACAAGAGAGGGUGUUCGAAAAAGGGUAUGAGGCUGCCAUCUCUGCAGGCAACAGGUGACAUAACUGGGCUCCUGAGCCCCACAGGUGUGCCGCAGAAAGAUUGUAGUUGGUUAAGGGAGCCAUGGACUCAAAAAGGUUUAAAACUUCAGCUCUAGCCAUUACAAAUAUCCAGGUUUCUUCCAUGCUAAAGCCAUAGAACCGACUGAACCAUCAAGGACCAUGGAAACAUCCUAAGCAAUAAGCAAAGUUUUUGAAGUUACUGCCAGAGCAGAAACUUAGCAAAAUGUGGUGCUGAUGGACAAUAAUUGCUGUUCUAAAGAUGUCAGUAAUGAAUGAUCUUGCUUUAUGGAGCAUUUAAUCUGCCUGUUAACAUAAUCCUAUUCAACUCCUUCAGAUUCAUGUAUAUCACUGUAUUUCAGUGUAAUUUAUCAUAUUUAGCACAGCGGCUCAUAACAUUUUUUGGGGUCACAGAUGCCUUUGAGAAUCUGAAAGCUAUGAACCUCCUCCCCAUAUCCCCUCAACAAGAGCAAUUUUCAAAGUAACAGGGAGGAGAUCUCCCCUUUUGUGCUCAGUUCACAGACCUGCUGGGGUCCAUGGACCACAGGUGAGAAACACCUGUUUUUUUGCAGACAAGUAGAAACAAAUAGAAGAAUUUUAGGAAAGUCAUCAUUUAUUUUAUAUUUAUAUCAAAAUUAUAAACAUUUUUUGCACCCAAUUGACUUUUAAGGUAAUACAUUGGAAAAAUUAAAAUUUAAUUGAAUUUAUAAACCAAUUGCACAAUGUCUUGAGUACAGAAAUAUAGUAAGUUCAAAAAAAGCAAAAACAAAAACCAGGAGCCUAAUUAGUGAGACAGCUAGCCAGGAUAUUAUGCAUUUCUAAAUGAGAUGGUCUUUACCAGCUGCUGAAGGGAAAGUGCUGGACAAUGCCUCCUUGGGGAGGGAGUUCACAUUUUGGACGCUGCAUCAAGAAGGUCCUGUCCAGUGUUUGGUUCGUCAUACUUCUUGAAGGCAGUGGGACGCUACACAGCCUCCCAGGAAAGGCUUCAUGAACAGGUGUGAAAGUGUAGGAGGCCCUGUAAAUACCUCUCUUCUAAACAAUUUAAAGCUUUACAAGAGAUGGUGAGGAUCUUGAAUUGGGCGCAGAAACAACUAAUUCUGAUCUCACAAUAGGGAGCAAGAUACUCCAAAAACAGGCCCACACUGGCGCAGUGGCCUCCAACUGCAGUUUCAACAAGUAAAAAAAAAAGGUUGAUCCACAUAGGGUUUGUUGCAGUAGACUAACCUGGUUGUGUUUUAUGCCACAGAUACCACUUGAGCACCCAGGAACAUUCUCAGUCUGCAUACUGGAUCCUUCAAGAAAUCAUAUCCUCAGCCAGAACUGACUGUACACCUAAUCCCAGAUCAGUUUUCCUACUCAUGUUUUUGAAUUAAGUCUCAGCCUAUUUAGCCUAGCCUCAUGACCUCAGCUUCCAAGAAACAGUCACUGAAUUUUUGUGUGUGCUUUAAAAUAAUAAAAUAUAUAUUUUUAUACCCCACCCCUUCUCUCACGACAGCCCAGGGUGGCAGACAGUAAAAAUGCAGUGUAAAAAGCAAAAUUAGAACCACAAUACAAAAUGCAGUGAACAGUAAUAAUUAAUUAUGCAAUAAUUAUUGCAAUAAUUAAUAAUUAAUAAUGGCAAUAAUUAUGCAAAUGGUGUCACUCCAAAGGCCUGCUGGAACAAAUAGGUCCUAAGCUGCCAUUUAAUAAUGACCACAUUUCGUUACCUCCUCCCACCCUAUUAAUGUGCCUCUAAUAGAUUCUCAGUGUUCCGAGCUGAAAUAAUGUAUUUGUAAUUAUACAAAGGAUUUAUUCUGGUAUAAAUUUCACUUUAUUGCAGGCUCAUAGCCAGACAGCUUGCUAAAAUACAUGCUAUUCAUGCUCACAAUGGAUGGAUCCCCAAGUCUAACUUGUGGUUGAAGAUGGGAAAAUACUUCUCUCUCAUUCCAACAGAAUUUGCUGAUGAGGAGUUGCACAAAAGGUGAAUGCCUAUUCUUGUUUCUAUGAUUGUAGCGUUCUAAAGCUUGUUAAUGAAGAUGGAAGCGUUAAACUGAUUGUACCCAUGUUCAUUUCAGAAAUGUAAAAUAUAUCCAUAGCGCUUUUCAUGUUGCUUAGGGGAUUUUAACCUGGGAACCAAUUUCCCCACUGUGGAAGGAUGUGAGGGUCCAGAAUUGGCCUCCACAGUCACGGACUGUGUUAAAACCGUGUUUAUGGAAGACAAUAUUACUCGGCUACUAGUGAUCACCAAAGAAGAAGAAGAAGUUGUUGUUUAUUGAAUAAUAAGACUGAAAUAAUGAGAGAAUGGAGAAAACCACAUUUCUGAUUAAAGUGUUGAGAACUGCUGUCUGAAAGUUUUGAAAUGAUUAUUUACACAUGUGCCCUCUCUUUUCUUAAACUCAAAAGGUUUAUAGCUGAUGUACCAAGUCCUCAAAUCCUUCAAGAGGAAAUGGCAUGGAUGAAAGAGAGACUGUCCAACCUGGGUUCCCCAGUGGUACUUUGUCACAAUGAUCUGUUGUGUAAAAAUAUAAUCUACAAUGGAAAACAAGGUAGGUAUUGAACACAGCUGUAAGUAACCUUUAAGGCUUGUUUUGUAUUGCCAAAUACACAACAGUAAAUUGUGGUGGGUGGAUAAUGACAACUGUACUUCGUUUUAAAUAACAUCUAACUAUUUAUACUUUAUUACCAUUUGUUGCUUGAUGCAAACUUUGUGUCAUAGCAGUUGUUGUAUAGAAUUGUUGCUGAUAACUAUAACUGAUACUUUAAUUAAUAUUUAAUAGUUUACAGAAAAAAUAAUUUUUACCAUAAUAAUUUUAUUAUUCCACUGUGUUGACAGCAGAAAUUUCAAGCUGAAUUGUUGUUGUGUAACUGUCCUUGAUCCAGAUUUUACUGUUUCAAACAGCCUUGGGAGCAAAUGUCUCCAGGUUACUGUGUAUUAUCUUUGUAUUCUGAUUUGUCAGAUAUAUUGAUGACACCGAGGAAUUCUACAUGAUGAAUUCUACAUGGUGAAGUAUCUGGAAAGAUACUUUCCAAGGCUCUCUUUAUACGCUGAUGAUGAGGUACAUAGGUAUCUUUAAAGUUGAAGAUUUGUUUGUAAAUAUAUUUGAGGUCAGAGGUAUUCUGAAGACUGGGAAAUUGGAUUUGUUUUCAUUGUCAGUUUCAACUGUUUGUGUUUGAAUAAAUGAAUCACCUAUAGCUUAUUAAUUUUGGUGAUGUGAUAAAUUUAGUUAUUAUAUUAAACAUUUUAAACCCCUUUAAAAGUAACAUUAGAAAUGGAUAUUCUUUGCCCUUUGGGGAGUGGUUUUUCCUCUCUUGCUGGUAUUAACCAUGUGUUUGUGUUUUGUGUGCACCAGUACAAAAAAUGGUCCUAUUAUAAACUAGAGAUUGCAAGCAUGGUUUGAAACUUGUAAUCCAUGUUUAUAAUAUUGUUUGCAUAGACCUUGUAACAAAACCAUAGUUAAUUCUAUGAAAAGAACGGGAAAUAAUUCUGGGUGCGGGCGGAAAUGUGAAUACCCAAGGCUGAGUUCUGAUUUGCAAAAGAUAUCUUGCAGGGAACCAGCAUUUCCUGUGCUCCAAUUUUGUCUGAGCUUAAUCAAACUGGUAUGUUCAUAUUGAAAGGAAUGCAGCAUUUAGGAACUAGAAAUUUGGAUUUAUAGAAUAUUGUUUUAAAACAGAUAAAUUUAUCAGGAAGUUGGCAUGUUGAAUGUGACCCAAAUUAUUUGAAAGGAAACUGCACACAAAGAUAGGUCUUUUAAAUAUAUUUCCUCUACAACAGUUCCCACAGCUGUUGAGGCAAGCUUCUCCUUUAAAAACAAACAAACAGAAACCGAACUAGACUAGCAUUUGAAAUUUCCAAUUUUCUGGCACUAGAGGCAUGUCUCUCUCUCUACCUUCAGUGUGGUCAAGUAAUAUUUGCCUAAGGUUGUGCAAAAAAUAAUAGUAUGCAUGUCAUACUAUUCAAUGUAUUUUGCAUGGCUACAGUGCUCAUUUGUUUUUUCUGCCUUCCCAUUCUAAACAAUCAAAUGCCUUCCAAACUUUUUAUGAAAGGUGUAACAUUGGCUCUUCCUGGGGGCCUAUAUAUGUUGUGCUGCAAUGUGUAUUACCACAAGGGUCCUUUGGCCCACAGAUGAGUCUAAGAGAAAAAAAGAUGGCCAUUUGGGAGGCUUUUCUAGAUCACACUCCUUAGAUUUUACUUUGCAGUCCUAAAAUAUUUUGAAAAGAGAUAUGUAAACCUAAUCGAAUUAUGUGUGAAUUAUUCAAAUUUGAGAAAAGUGACUUUUCUGCAUAGGCACUUUGUUAUUAUUUAUUAAAUUUAUGUACCACCCUUCAUCUGAAGAUAACAGGGCAGUUUACAACAUACUGGAACCAUUUUUACUAAAUAUCCCAAGACAAAAAGUUCAGAAUUGAACACUGUCAGAGUUUCUAGGCUUGACACCCCCCCCCCCUUUGAAACAAAUCUGCUGUCAUUUUCUUUUGUAAACAGAGUGGAGAAUAAAUCAGUGAGAGCAGUGCAUCAUUUAAGAGCAUUUCUGCAAAAACCAGUGUGUGAGUGUUUAGCACUUGGGAACAGGGAGGGGGAGAGGGAGAAUUCUAAAUAUGGGGAAAUGCUUGCAACUCUUUAAAAACGGGGUAAAUACUAAGUGUGUAGUGCAUUAAGUAUUCACAGCAAGGAAAGAUCUUUUGUGACUAUGUUUUCAGUGUGAAAGUUGCAGUUAGCAAAUUAUAGCCAUGCUAUUAUUUGAUAACUUCCACCUCAAGAGGUCUUGUGAAUUAUCUCUAGCAGUGCUGAAGACUUCUGCAAUGCUGAAAUGUUGAGCACUGCUUUUAUCUUAGAAUAAAUAAACCAUGAAUAAAAGUCUGGCACUGUGUAUUGUCUUGUACUGGGCACAAUGUUUAUAAAUCUGGUGCAUAAUAGUAUUUUAAGAGGAACUAUAUACUUUUGCAGUGGAAACUCAGCUUUAACUUUUAACUUAACCUGGUCAUGCAGUGAAAUAAAAAUCAUGCAGUUAAAAUAUUGCUGCCAUGCUAAAAAUGUUUUGCAAGCUACUUGAAAGAAGCACGCGUCUCUCUGGAUUUUCUUCCCUUUUAAACUAUCUUCUUUACUUAAAACUUUUUAUUCUCAUUUUAAUCUUUUGGCCCACAGUACUAAUGUGCCACAUUGAUUACCCCUUUAAUUUUAUCCCUGUGAAAAGCUGGCCUCUGGUAAUAUAAAGUCCAUUAUAUUAAUUAUUUGCUAGCGGAGAGUGGUUCACAGCUGUGUCUUAAAGUUACCAUAUGGGCUUUCAAUUCUUUAUAAAAUAGGAAAAUAUUUAUAAAUAUAUUUUAUAAAAUAUCUGAAUGUCUGUUUAUAACAGUUCACAUAAAAUAAGGGUUCCAAAAUGCCUUCUUCCAGCACAUUCUAACUUGACAAACUUGACAGACUUGGUCCAAUUCUCAUUUAUAUAUAAUAAUUUUUAAAUCAAUAAUAUUUAGUUUUAAUAUGCCAGGUGAAGCUGCUGCCUCUUUCUGCUUUACUAAUUCAGGCUACUAACAUUCAGGAUGUUAAAUGUUUUAAGCUGUAUUGCCUUGCAUAGAACACCUAUAAUUGCCAGCUAUCAUUUAUGAAUAAGCAGCUUGCUGAAUAGCUUUAGCAUUUGUUCUUACUGCUAGUCUUUUGUCGGGACUUUACACUUUAUACUUCGUUUACACCCUUAAGAAGCAGCCAUGGAAGUCUAGCUCUUGCAUUCAUAUUUCACUCUCCCAGCAAUAAUAUAGUAUACUGCUGCAGUAGUCUCUGUACUGACUCUAAAUCCAAGUGCAUUUAUUUAUCUCCCUGUCCCAUUUCCUAGUUUUUCUUUCUGGUAGAACUGUCCUGAGAAGCUGUUCACCAUUUCAAAGCCGCAGUUGUUAUGGAACAGCUAGGAUUACUUCUGAUUUUCAUUUGAGGCUCUUGAAAGGGUUGGUUUGUAUUCAAUGCAGUGUGAGCAUAAAGAGAAUUCCCUGCUCUCCCAACUCCAGUCAGGGUACCAAGCCUGGGUGUAGAGCAGGGUGGAAGGGGAAAUUGUGUCAGCUGCUCCCACCCAGUUCCCCCCGGUUGCUUGCGCUGCAUUGAAUUCAACCUACUAGUCACAAAAUCAGGCAUUCAAGAAGUGAUAUUUUAAGUGUCUACAGUCUUUGCUCACAUUUUAAGUUGUAAUGAUACCUCUUUGAUAUAAUGAGAAGAAUGUUUCAAAGUAGUUAAUUUCAUCUUGCCACAUUGUUAGAAAGAAUAGCUGCCCUUCAAGAAAAACAUGCUUACUGAUUCUGCCAUACAGUUGAAGAGCAUUAUGAUUAAAAAUUGAAAUUACGAAACAUAGAUGAAACAGAUGAGGGAAAGAAUAAAUAGAAAUAACUGGGUUAUAUAGAAGAAAAAAAGAGGGAAAAUUCAUGGAACCGUUGAGAGGGAUGGAAGUAGAGGUUUGAUAGGUGAGAAUUGUUUUAAUUUAUUUGUUGAAAUGCUUAUUUGAUAAAAAAGGAAACUAUAAAUAAACUUACUUUAAAAACAGCAUGGCACAAACAUGGGGGGACGGGACAGGGGACGGACGAAAUUACGCUUGCCAACACCCAAGUUUCAUUGAAGCCCCAAAAUCGAAGGGAGCAGUGCAUCUUGAACAUUUGUAUUUCUUGCAAAACUUAAAAUUUAAGGCUGAGUUCCACUGUGAUGUCAGUCUAGAACAGGAGGACCAGUGAAAUGCAGAACUUUUCUCUUUAAAGUUUUGUGUCUUGUCAAAUAUGAGUUUGCCAAAUUUUCUUCAUCUGCUACAGAUUAGGUAUGCCAUUGUUGCUGCCAAGUGGCGGCGUGCACCGUGCUACUUAAAGGCACUGACUGGAGGUUUAUCGCAUCACUUGUUCGCAUGCACCUCCCCCCUAGGAGAGCACGGAGCCUGGUAACAGCCUCAUCUGUAUCUUAGCUUCAUUUUCUUAUUUUGUAAUACUGUUAAUUAUUCCUGGAAAUUAGCAUUUGAAUAAAAGCAAGGGUUGUCUGGUGGUGAUGAUGGCACUGCAGACCUAUAUUUUAAUGUAUAUAAGCUUGAAUCCAAACAAUGUUUAUCUUUAAAUAACUGUCUUACAUUUUGUAUAUGCAGGCCUUUCACCUGUCAUCUUUAUUGUGGACAUAUGCAUUAAAACAAUGUGUUUGGGCAAAACGAGAUUUAAACCAGAAUUGAUUUUUUUACUAGUAUAUCUUUAUGAAACAAGUUGAGUACUUUAGGAAAUGGCAUUCAUUUAGAGGCUACAACAACUAGUUUCAUGAUUUGCCAGUAGGGUCUAAAUGAUUUGUCUGCAAGCUUGCUGUUAAUGCAUUGGUGUGGGAGCCUCCGUAGAAACUCCAUUGAUUUAAAGUAUAGUCUAAAAACUUUCUUGUAAACUCUUAAGGGAAUAUAUAUGCUACAAUCCUGUAUUGGUUUUAUAACUUAACGGUCAUCACGUCACCCAAAGAAUCCUGUUAAAAACUGUAGUUAUGGAGAGACUGAGAUUCCUGGCCCCCUUACAGAACAAUAAUUCCCUUCCAGAACUAUAAGUUAACUUGAUUUAGAUCUAUUUCAUUUCUGUAGUGCAGAUAAGGCUUACUAGCAAAAUGUUCAUGCAGUGGGAACACCAAAUGCACCAGGUUUAACAACAAAAUGUUGUUUCCCAUCACAACCCAGUAUUGUCCCCUAAUCAGUCAUACUGCUAGUCUCUCCCACUCAAAAGUCUUCAAGGUUUGAGAUGUAUAUCCAUUCUUUCCAAAUUGUUUUGAAACUCUAAUGGUGCUACUAGAAUUCUUCAAAAUUUUAGUUUAAAAUGUGAGGAAAGCUUAAUUGAAAGAUUACUGAAUUCCUCUCUCAGUAUUGUCUCUUAUAAUGGAUUAUGCAGCUUUUUUGUUCUGAUACUUUAGAAUAAUUUGCCAGGGAGAAUAUGUGCCGAAAUGUAAAUAAAAUAAAAACUCUUUAAAGCGCUCAGUCUUGUGUGAAGGAAGAAAUGGCUAUACAAAAUAGCGUAGCACACAUUCCCUUGUGCAAAAUUACUAGCAUUGCAUUAAAAAACAAACACCCAGUAAGGAUGCUAGCUAAUCAGACAAGUAUUAUAUGUUCAUUACUGAUGCCCCUGGUGGCAGAAAAGCAAAUGUGAUGAUUAGAGAUCUUAAGCUCUCUAGUGAGACUGUGGUCAGUAUAUAUCUUUAUUAAAGUUGUUAAAACAAACAAAAACACAGCCCUAACCUUGAAUGUCUUAAAGUGCAUGCAUCUGAGCACAACAGGCUGACACACUGGCAAGUGGUUAAAGACACAGUGAAGCUUUGGGGUACUGCCUUGUGCUUACUCUUACAAAAUUUAUUUUUUGUGUCUCGUGUAGGUGACGUUAAGUUCAUUGACUAUGAGUAUUGUGGAUACAAUUACCUGGCUUAUGACAUUGGGAACCACUUCAAUGAAUUUGCAGGUAGCUUAGCUGGUUUGCUUAUAUUACGUCUCAUUUAAAGCUCUGUUGUUGAGAUCUGGAUUAGUUGUUAAUAUUGAGAUUGAUAUGUCUAGGCUUGCAAUAUUUCAAAAAGUAAAAUUCCUGACACCCCCAAAGUCAUUGAUGUGUUUUUUUGUGGGGUUUUUUAGGAAAUCACUAAAAACAAACAAAAAACCACCCUCCCCCAAGCAUAUUCAGGAGCCAAUUCUUCUAGCAGGGAAAGAAAGGGGGUGAAACCUAGAAGAAAAAAACCCCUCUGGAAACCCCUCCCGGGAAAAAACAAAAAUGGCCAGGUCCUAUUGCAUCCCCUUUUCCAACAUAGCCCCCCACCUUACAUUCCUCACUACUACACCCCACCCAGCUGCUCAGGCCCCCAACAACCCUUAGAAACAUGUAGUGAGGCGCCUCCACCUCUCUCCCCCUCCCACAACCUCAAACUUGCCACAGCGGGUUUUGUUCCGCUUCCUCAUAGUUUGCUGCCCGUCGCUAUCCAGGCCUAUCCAGAUCUUGUUUAAACUCUUUCCUGCGCACACACACACACACACACACACACACACACACACGUUAUCUGCCCGGGCCUCAUCUUUACCUCUAUGAUGCUGCAGACCCUGAGCAGCUGCAGCCUACCCUGGCAACACAAGAAGACGCCUGCUGCCAUGUACCGGUGGGCAAACUGUACCAACACCACUACUUCAACCCCCUUGGGCGGGGUGGCUGCUCCAGGAGCUCCCGAGCUCCCAGCUGCAGUCCCUCACUGCCACUGCCGCUACGACUGAGCCGCCUGCAGGAUACACCUGGCACGGGGUCCCUUUUUCACCAUGCUAGGGGCGGCUAGGCCGCUGCUUCGCCGCCGCUGCCAAGGGAAGUGACCUCUUGUCACUUCCACUGCCACUGGGGCUCAGCCUCCCCUGGGAGAAAAACAAAACAAAAAACCCCAAACCCCCAAAAGCAGAAAAUGGGGGGAAAUGGGUUGCCAUACGUUGGGGAAAUUCUGGAGAUCUCUUAACAUUCAAAAUUCCCCCCCUGGACUCCAUUUUAUGUGUCUCAUUUCCGUAAUGUCCGCAAUUUUUCAGACGUAUGCCAAGCCUAAAUAUGUCUCUGUUCAGGUGUUCACUCUCCUUUCCCAUUUUGAGCAGUGAUCCUUACUACUCCCCUUCCCUUCCACCCAGUUCCUCAGUCCAAUGGCUGAAGUGGGACUGGAGGAAGGAUCCCACUGUGGGGUUUGAACACAGAUACAGAAUCUUAUAAAAACUCGAGGAGACGAUGUUUCGAGAUCCCCAUGAUUCUCAAUGAUCCCACCAUGCAGAAGAAGUGGCUGAGCAGGUCAUACGUCAUUGGCUAUGUGGUUUUUUGUUAGGCUCGUCCUACUCGCGUGUAGGACCCUGGCAGAGACACAUGCCCGACUGGCAAGUUCUCUCCCUCCUGGUUUGUCGUUCAGGAGCUUCAAAAGCUUCCUUCAGCCCGAACAUCACAGCAGCUGAUACCAAAAAGCAUAAGCACAUUUACAAUCCUGCAGAGUAUUUGCAGUUUGCGUAACAGAACUCAGUAGCACAGCAUCUUGGCUAAUCUACUUUUAUUUACAUAUAAUACACUCGGAGCAUUCUGACUUGACUCCUUCCUCUUUCUCAUCAGACAGCAAAGAGAAAAAGAAACAAAGGACAAUAGUCCCACUUCACGGAACACAGUAACAUAAACAUCCUGUCUCCAUCACUUCCCACACUGUGGAAUGAAAACAUACACCGUCAUGUGAUAGAUAACAAUCUCGUGACUGCAAACAUGGAGCAAGAAUCCUAACAUUUUUAGCCUCCUGUACCCUUUAUCACUUUUUUAAAUUUAUCAGUUAUAAUCCACUUCUCCUCCGAGGAACUCAAGGUGGCAUAGUUUCUCUCAUCUUCACAACAAUCCUGAGAGAGGUAGGUUAGGCUGUGAGAUAGUGAUUGGCCCAAGGUCACCCAACAAGCUUCAUGGCUUAGCAGGGAUCUGAGCGCUGGUCUCAUUGGUCCUAAGACAGAGAACAAGUGAAAGUUAACAGCCAUAGAUAAAGCAUACACUUGGUUCUGCCACACAGGAGUAUCAUCCAUUUAGGUGCAUGUUUUUGUAGAGCAAAAAGUUUGCAUGCUUUAGUACUGAAAAAUCAUAAUGUAUUUUGCCUCGAUAUAUGUACAGUUGUACCUUGGAAGUCAAACGGAAUCCGUUCCGGAAGUCCAUUCAAUUUCUAAAACAUUCGGAAACCAAAGCGCGGCUUCUGAUUGGCUGCAGGAAGCUCCUGCAGCCAAUCGGAAGCCAUGGAAGACGCAUUGGAUGUUCUUCCCGAAAUAGUUCGCAAACCGGAACAGUCACUUCCGGGUUUGCGGCGUUUGGGAGCCAAAACAUUCAAGAACUAAGCUGUUUGAAAACCAAGGUACAACUGUACUCUAAUUUUCUUUAUGUUCCUUGUUAUGACUUCUAACACCAGGACACACACAUCUGUUAUGCAUGUUAGUUAAUGACAGUGCACUAAGAAACAUUUCUGGAAAUACUAGGCUUUUUUAAAAAACCAAAAACAAUUGUCUCUUAGGUGUGAGUGAGGUGGACUAUAGCCUCUAUCCAAGCCGAAAACUGCAAGAGCAGUGGCUGAGAUCUUACCUGGAAGCCUACAAGGAGUAUAAAGGAUUUGGGACAGAUGUGACUGAGAAAGAGGUUGAGGUGCUUUACGUCCAAGUCAACCAGUUUGCUCUGGUAAGUUUAAGAUUUCUUUGGCUUAAUUUCAGAUAAACUCUUUCAAUUUAGGUAGUACAGUGGUACCUCGGGUUACAUACACUUCGGGUUACAGACUCCACUAACCCAGAAAUAUUACCUCAGGUUAAGAACUUUGCUUCAGGAUGAGAACAGAAAUCUUGCUCCGGCGGCGCAGCGGCAGCAGGAGGCCCCAUUAGCUAAAAUGGUGCUUCAGGUUAAGAACAGUUUCAGGUUAAGAACGCACCUCCGGAAUGAAUUAAGUACUUAACCCGAGGUACCACUGUACACACACACACACACACACACAGAGAGAGAGAGAGAGAGAGAGGAACCUCUGUUUUCAAACGUAAUCCAUUCCAGAAGACCGUUCAACUUCUGAAACGGUCGAAAACCGAGGAUCAAAGGGCUGUUGGCAAAGUCUGUGGUGAAAAUUGAGAAAUGCGCCUAUGAAGCCGUUUGAAAACGGGAAGAAUUCACUUCUGGGUUUUUGGUGUUUGGCUUCCAAAACAUUUGGCAGCCAAGACAUUAAAAAACCAAGGUUCCACUGUACUGUAUUUACGCGAAUCUAAUGCGCACCCUAAUUUUUGCGAUGUAAUUUGGCCAAAAAAUGCAUUACAUUCGAGUAAUUACGGUAAUACAUACACGUAGUAUGAAUGUUACAUAAUGCUUCUACAGAUCUUUUGGGUUGGCAGCUGUUUUGCACACAAAUGAGUGGCUUAGAGUUGUCUCUAGAUCGUUGAAAUGUGAAAUAAAAUAUUCUUGGGCCAUCUCACUGCUACAUGAGACAAGAUCCAGGAAAGGCCACAGGAAUCUGCAAAAGGAAAAUACUAUACAGCGAAACCUAAUCUGUUGGGAUAUGUAUUUGUGUCCUGACAUCAUUGUUGUAAACGUCACGGUUGUUGGGGGAAUAUUCUUCCCUGCGCAAGAACACUUAAUGGGCUGAAUGCAACUAAGAGAACACACUUGCCUUUCUUUGAUUCAUGUUCAGGCUGCUUGGCAUAAAGCUCUGGGUGUGGAGGUGGGCUCCUCCAGCUUAUUCAUAAAAGGGUAGUGACUGAAGGCAGGAAGUGCACAAGAAAGUUGAGGAAGAGUUGCCUUGAAGCCCUCAGCUGCACUCUUGUUUCCUUCAUCUGAGAUGGUUCUCUUCAGCCUUGGCCUUUAAAUGCUCUCAUCUGUUGCUUGCAUCCCAUUUUUACCUGGCGUCCUUCCCUGUGUUUCUCUCCUGAAGGUCUCUAGCAACAGCCUCUUUUCUCCUGUGUCUUUUGCAGUAGGGACGCAUUAGCAGUAGGGUAAAUUAUAGCUGUGGUUUAAUGUUUAACAUACACCCACAAACCACUUGUGUCACACAGUAACUGAGUAAGUUGGAAGUGGAUUUUCCCCCCAAGGUGGCAUUCCAUUGGUAGUUGUAAGUCAUGGUUUUGAUUUUGUUGUUUGCAACCUUGAAAUUGUUCGCUGUAAGGCUACUUGGUUAAAAAUUAAUAUAUUGGUAUUGCUUGCUGCCUUGUGUUCCUUGAAAUACAGGGUGGGAUUAAAAUCUAAUAAUGUUAUAUUUUGGGGCGUUUAAAAAUCAGAGGACUCCUUUCAGUUCCUUUGAGGAGGAAGGGAGAUGGUGAAAUCAUUGGUAAAUUUAUCAAACUCAGAUACCCUGAAAUCCAAUAAGACAAGGCUAUGUUAAGUGUUCAAGAGUUCUUGUGUUGCAAUGCAUAGCUAGUCAAUUAACAGCAAGUCCGUUCUAACAGUGCUAAUGAGUUAGUAGCAUAACUUUCUUGUUACGGACAUAAAGUGUGUGUUAACCCUCAUUGUGUGUUUUUUUUGUGUAGGCCUCUCACUUCUUCUGGGGAUUGUGGGCCCUGAUUCAAGCCAAAUACUCCACAAUUGACUUCGAUUUUCUUGGGUAGGUAACUUAGUCUACAAGUGUUUCUGUUGCCUGUGAACCUCUGACUAGUGCUGCUUCUGUAAAGAGGACUAUCAGGUUUGACAUGCAGAAUUUUGAAGUGCUGUUUCUGAAAUAUAACUAGUUUUGUUUUCUUGUACUGUAGAGUGUUUAAGACGAAUAGCUACCCACAGUUUAACUGCCUAAUUGUUUAAAGUAAAAUUUCCUACUACCAAAGGUGGUGGUAGUUGGUAUAUCAAACUGGUUGAUAUAUAGGUGACUAUAAUUGGAUUGGGAUGUGGGUAGCGCUGUGGUCUAAACCCCAGAGCCUAGGGCUUGCUGAUCGGAAGGUCAGCGGUUUGAAUCCCCGUGACAGGGUGAACUCCCGUUGCUCAGUCCCAGCUCCUGCCCACCUAGCACUUCAAAAGCACGUCGAAGUGCAAUAAAUAGGUACCGCUCUGGUGGGAAGGUAAACAGCGUUUCUGUGCGCUGCUCUGGUUCACUAGAAGCAGCUUAGUCAUGCUGGCCACAUGACCCAGAAGCUGUACGCCGGCUCCCUCGGCCUAUAGUGCGAGAUGAGCACCGCAACCCCAGAGUCGGCCACGACAACCUAACAGUCAGGUUACCUUUACCUUUACUUUUAUAAUUGGAUUUGCUCACUUUUGUUCUAUAUCCUUUGUGUGCUACUCUUCUUCAAAUUGGAAUUUAGAAAUUUUGGUUCUGCCUUUUACAGUAUUCUGUAACAGUGACCAAUAUUAACUAUUUUGGUUUAUAAAAAAACAAUGCUCCGUGUGCUGGAAGCAAUUUUUAAUACUUUCUUGCAUUCCUGUCAGUCGCUGAACAUCCAAAACACCCUUUUAAAAAAUGUACUGAACUUAGCCCCCACAAAUUAGAACUGACCCCUCUCCAGUUAAUCAGCUAAACCAAGAUUAAUCUCAGUAGAUUAAUUUUUUAAGAGUUGCUAUAGCAUACUAGGAGCCUUGAGGAAGUCCUUGUUUUGAAUCUUGCCUUUACCAUGAACUCUGUAGGUGACCUAACAUGUGACACUUAGCUUUGCAUCUGCAGCAUAGGGCUAACAGUACUAAUUAAGGUUUAUGGGGUGGUUAGGAUUACAACAGGGACGCGGGUGGCACUGUGGGUUAAACCAAAGAGCCUAGGACUUGCCGAUCAGAAGGUCGGCAGUUCGAAUCCCUGCAAUGGGGUGAGCUCCCGUUGCUCGGUCCCUGCUCCUGCCAACCUAGCAGUUCGAAAGCACGUCAAAGUGCAAGUAGAUAAAUAGGUACCACUCCGGCGGGAAGGUAAAUGGCGUUUCCGUGUGCUGCUCUGGUUCACCAGAAGCAGCUUAGUCAUGCUGGCCACAUGACCCGGAAGCUGUACGCCGGCUCCCUCAGCCAAUAAAGCGUGAUGAGCGCCGCAACCCCAGAGUCGGUCACGACUGGACCUAAUGGUCAGGGGUCCCUUUACCUUUUAGGAUUACAACAAGGCAAUGUAUAUGAACUGUGUUCUUAAGCACACCUGCUAUUAGGUAAAUCAUGUUGAACUUACCGGGACUUUUGAGUAACCAUGCUUAAGAUUGCAUUGUGCGAACUCUGUGUAAAUGCCAGUUAAAUAAGCAUUUAUCAAAACCUGCAGCUCCAGUGUUUUGCCGUUACAGAGUAGGGGCCGUGGUGCUAUCUGGGUUGAAUUUAUUAGCCUAAGUAGUUGUUUUGUGCUUGAAAUGUCUCAAAAAGGAAACCUGAAUCCACCAACCCCUGAAUGAAGCAUUAUGGCCUGACUUCCAUUUUGGCAUGAAAUACCUUUUAGCUACUUACCCGCAUAUGACAACUAAGUUUCUCAAAUAUGCAAGGCAUUCUAUAACCACUAGAUGGCAGGAAAAACUAAAGUUAACUGCAAAAAGCUUGUAAGUAGAGUCAUGUUAAUUGUGCCACAAAGGCAGUAAGACAUGAUUUAACAUUUUUUAUUUCCUCUAAUAGGUAUGCAAUUGUUCGCUUCAAUCAGUACUUCAAAAUGAAAAAUGAAGUCAUGACAUUAAAACUUCCUGAGUAACAACUGAGAGCUUCAGUUAUCUACAUCUGGAUCAGAUUAUUCCUUAAAGUUUUUUUUUUCAUCCGAGUACAGAUAAUGGAAAAAGCUAAACAUUUGUUAGUUUUGUAUCGUUCCUAUGGUGGUUUUUUGCUUUUCAUUGCCUCUAAACAACAAUCUCUUAAUGUUAAACCUAAAAUGAGGAUCUUACUGCUGUUGUAGAAGGAAUAGAAGCAUUAGAUUUAUAAAGCAUAGGGAGAGCAAAUUUAAUCUUUUCUCUUGUAAUUUUUAACGUGAAAUGUGAAUUAUUUAUUAUGAAUUUAACAUUCCAUUGCUGCUUUUCAUCAGUUCUCUUCAAAGGAGGGGGUGUGGGCUCUGAUACUGUGAAGGACUUCGUACAUCUUAUGUUACAUUGACAUUAACUUAAGAGCAACUUCAGUGCUCUUGCAGACUGUGUGCAAAACCUGUACAUGAACAGAAGCAGUUUGCAUUAAAGUGCAAUUCAUUGGUGCUGACUUGGGUUGCUAGGAGAGGAUGGGAGGUAAUUCCCAUGCUGAUAUUUCUCCAAGCUCUACCUCAGUACUGUGAAAAAAGACUGGACAUCCUUCUUACGUAACAUACAGAUGAAUUUUUUUUACAGAGGUCUGCUCGCUCAUGAAGAAAAACAUGCCACCACAUAGUUACUGUAGAUGCUUUCAUCCUGUUGGAGGCAGCUUCUAGCUUCAAAUGCAAGCUUUAAAUGACCACUGUUCCAGAGUGUCAUUGUCAUUCCCCUCCCUUAAAAAAUGAUUUAUUCCCCACCCCCCCAAAAAACUCUUUGAACGCUUUGGCAUGUAGUCUAGGGACUAUACAUGUUCAUAAGAGACGCAAAAAGGAGCUAACAGGACAAGCCGCCGAGCAGUCCUGUAGCGUUUGGGAGCAAAACUCUGCCAUGUUUCGUUGAUAAUCUGUUCUUACCCUGCUUCCUUUUCGGUCAUUAGAUCUGUUAUUUGGUAGGUUGCCUCCUUUGCUUUGCUGGAUGGUGGCAAGCUUGUGGCCAGCACAAAGCCGCGAAGUUACAAGAUCAUUCUUGAAAUAGAUGGCGUUUGAAGAGUGAGGAUUUGAUCACAAUCACGUUUCUUUCCUUUUCUUUCGAAAGCUAUCCUACCCAAGAAUGGUUUGAAUUUCAGAAAUGUGAAAUGAAAAACAAAUGUUUACUUAGCUGACGCGCUGUGUGUGUGUGUGUGUGUGUGUGUGUCUUCGAAGGUAGGGUAAAAGGCUUUAAACUUUGAAAGUCACUGCAUUGAGUUGAAUUGCCACACAGUCAACUCUGUUAGUCUGAAACACUUCACUUUGGCCACUUAAGUGCCCAUUUGUACAAAGUCUGUGUUCAUACGCAGUAUAUGUAAACCCAAAUAAACCUUAAGAAAUAUUACGGGGAGCCUGUUGCACAGACUCAGCAAGGAUAUUUAUUCAGAAUUAUUUUAUAGUACUCUGUAAAUUAAACAUUGGCUAAAAUAAGCCUGGCUUGUUUAAUGAUACAUACAGCAAUUAACAAGGAUGAAAAGUUCACCCCAAAGAUCACUGAAUGAUUUUUCUGUUUCUUUCUGUAAAUAAUCUCAUGGUUUUACACAUUUUGAGGUGUCUAAUUAUCUCGUUUCUAAAGCCACAAUCUUCAAAUGCCCUGCUGGGGGGUAGUUCCAUUGGACAGUGGAACUAAUCACUAGGCAGUAGGCUGCAUUCAAAUCUAGUCACUAUUAAAACUUUUUAAUACUAGUGGAUUAUGAUAUCUAUACUUUCUAAUAAGUUUUUUUUAAGCACUUAUUGAUAUACUUUCUUAAAUUGGGCAGCUUCUCUUGAUGUUCAGUGUUGACCUAACUAGUUAGAGGAAAGUGUAAUUUAUCAGGUCAAGGAUGUUGCUGGAGCUCUAGAAAAAGUCAGCACAGAGUAAAUCUCUCUUGCAAAAACUGAAUUUCUUUACCAAGGUCUGGUCCUCCUUGCUUUUUCGUAGUCUUUAAUGGCAUCUUAUUCUAAAAUCAUUAGUCUUGGGUACAGGAUGAAUUAAAUUAAAAUUAAAUUACUAUUUUUGAAAACCUUAAUGUUUUUCAACAAAGUGUACAAGGCUUUUAAAGCAAAAAUUGCCAUACAUUGUUGGAUGCAGGAACUAGUUCUUCCCACUCACAGAUUUUAAGAAAUACUUGUUAAUGGCUACUUUUGAAAUUGGCGAGACAGAUCACAGUGUUCUCUCAGAGGGCUUGUUGCAUCUGCUGGAAGACAGUUGAGCUCUUCGUUUUUCUGGGUAGUAAAGAAUGACCCAGGCUGCCUCCAUUCUUGACAAAUACUGAGUUCUAUAGAAGAGAUAAGUGGCUGGUUGUAUUUCUGCCUUGUGUUACUAUAUUUGCUAGACCUCACUAUGUGACCGAGGCAGGAGCAAAGAAUUGUGGGAGGCAGGCUGAAUCUCAAUUUUUUCCUCCUGCCUUGAGGGAACAGUUCAUUUCCCCCCGGUCUCCCUGUUUCUUCUCCAGUUUUCAUGAAACUUAUUUUUAGACCUUGGUGUCCACUCUUGCGAUGUGCGAUCUCACAGGUGGGCAUCAUCCAACUGUGUGGAUUUCUUCUUUGGUAUUCGAUAUUUUGGCUGACUUGAUGAAUUUUUUCUAUGCCCCUCUAUAGUUGCUGCUGUACAAAGCGGACAAAAAGCAGUAUUGUGAAUCAUCCUAUAAUCAGCAUUUCCAGUAGUAGCAAAUUAAAGUAUCAUCAGGCAGCAAUAUAUAUUUCCCAGAUGUUAAAGGCAAGCACAUCCCUGGUGAAUAAAAAUGCUUCUCUGGUGAUUGCUUUUUUCCAAAAUCUGUGUACAUCUCCAAGGUAGCUGCUGAUCACAAGGAUGUCAAAUCAUAAGAAAGAGGCGCUAACUACAUUCCCAUUAUUUUCAUUUUUGCUGUUGUAAGGUCAUUAAGUGAUAUGAAGCUGGUCUGUGCCAUUGCAUUUGGCAUGUUCCAGGUUGAACAGGGAAAUGGAACACCCACUAAUUUAACUCCAUAAAAGCAUUGAUAAAAUAACAAGUAGGGAGAGCCUAUUCUUUGUGAAACACUACUUUGAGGGGGAAAAAGGUCUACUUGGUAUGGCAUCUUCUGCAUCAUGGAUUUAGACUAUUAAAAUAAUUCUGACACAGGCCUUGUACAAAUGUAAUGGUGCCAUGGAGAGAAAAUUGGUUCUCAUUUUCUAAACUAGCUCUUUGCCUCUUUAACACGACACUGUCUUGUCCUGUUCUAAUCUCAGUUAGAAGGGUGGUGGUCUUGUCAUUAAAUUAGAACUGCCCUCCCCCCCCCCCCCGAAAACCCCAAACUUGUUCACAUUUAUCAAGUAUUUGAACUCUUAUUUUUUUCCAGAGCUCUAGAAACAACCUCAUGUAAUUCUGGCUGUGACUUGCCAAAAUCUAUUCUGUUGCCUUCACCGUUAAGCUAUUGAUUCUGAAUGCCGUCACCGACGACACUAAUAAAAUACUGAAAACGUGAAGAGGGUUCUUAGAAGUGGCAUUCAGCCCUGUGUAACAUCACCUGACAGACCGUAGUGGCCUAGUAGCUUUUGUAAAGCAGAAUUGCGUGAUUUUCUUUUCCUUCUUCUACUUCACAGUUUGGCAAUCAGACCAGGUUAAUCAUUAUGCCUGAUUGAUCCAAACAUCAAAGCAUCCUAGGUAAUGAUGGUGAUUUUUAUUUUUUGCAUUGUUUUGAACUCUGGCCUGGGGUUCUCUUGGUGAAUUUUGCGGAUGGCUUAGCGAACUGAUUCACAGUAACCGGAUCUGACUGUGUAUAUACAAUAGUGUAAAUAACCAUUUGUAAAUUAGUGUGAAUUGUAUGGUACCUCGCAUUUAUGAACUCAUGUAUUUCAUUGUACUCUCCUUUUGUAGAAAUUUUGAUGUAUGUAAAGAGAAAUCCGAAAUGUGCUGACCUUAUUGUUAAAUUGACCACAUUCAAAGGGGAAAACGACAUUUGGGAACAAAAUAAUAGUACCAGGAGGUAACCACAUUAGCUUUCAUAAUGCAUCUUUCUCAUUGUGCCCGUGGUGUCUGCUUUCAUGUUCACGCAUUUACUUUGGAGGAAGUAAUCAUUCUGAAAAUGAGUUGGUACAAUAGUUGGCUUUAACUCACAAUGCCUACUGUUCCAGUGGGAAGCAGAUUGGCCAGUUGGAGAGGGAAAUGCUUAUGUGAGGUGAAUUGUGAAGCUCCAUUCCAAGGCCAACUUAAUUCCUAAAAACGUUAUGGUUCAUCAACACAUGGGUCGUUGGCUUUUGCUGAAGAAAAAGCUUGUGCAAGUUGGUUUCAGGACAGAGGCCCUGUGAUGUAAAUGGCAGAAACAUCAGACGGGUCUAAUGCAAUAGAAAAAGGAAACCCUAUAUAUUAUUGCUCUGUGUUCUGACAUGGUUAUAACUUGGUUGCAGGUACUAGAAGCAAAUGAGAUGAAAUAUUUCAUUAAAUUGCUUAGAAGAACUCCAGUUUGCAUCUAAGCUUGCUUAGUUAUUCAUAACGUUUUUUACAAACUGGCACACAUUGAUGUUCUGGGGUAAAAAAUAAAGCCUCAUAUAUAUAUGGAAGGAGAAAUGGUGGCAUCCUUGAAGAUUGUUGACAUUGCAUGUGUUCCGGACUAGCUUUUUCUUUCUGUUGCAGCAAAAUCUGUAAAUAAUUGAUCCCAUUUCUUUGGUAAAACCUUCGUCCAUGCGGACUUGCGUUCGAUUCAGCUGAGCCUAUCUCAAAUAUUUAUUUCACAAUAUUUGAUUCCACCCCACCCCCCAAGCUUGGCCUGAGCAGUUUUAUCUGCUAGUCCCAAGUCCUCUACAUAGUUUACAACUGCCCGUAGUAGAAUGGCAAGCAGUUUUAUUCCUGUUGUAGUUUCAAGCACCUCACAUGUUGGUGCUUUGAACUUGGCACUGUGAAUUAAGGGCAUAAUUGCUGCGUUCAUAUUGAGCCUGGAUUUUUUUUGAUAAUCGCAGUCCUAGAAUAACGAGGAAGACACUCAAAAGUGAUACAGCCAGAUGGUGCCCCAUCAAGCCAGUAUCUUUUUAGUACGUAGACCUCUGGAAUGAGGAAAGUGCAUAUGUCAAUUCCUUGCCAAUGUCCAUGAAAAGAAAAACUUGAUAGGGCAUUUUGUUUUUCCAAAGUGGUUCUACAACCUUAAUAUAUGCUAGCUUGGUGACAGUUUACCAAAAUAUCUGUUACCAACCUUGACUAAGCAAAUAGCAUUAUUCACUGAUAAUCACAUUGUACUAUCUUCUGAUUUCAGUGACAUGUUCCCCUGCUUGCCCCCCCAAAAAACCCCAUUACUGACCACUCUCCCAGAAACACCUUGGUGCCAGCUGUUGUAAAAUUGCUACACAACAUCCAGCUUUUCUCAUGGCAAUAGAAUCAACUUGAUCUCGUGGUGUGCUAGAAGACGAAUAAAUAUAGGGAGUUAAGAUUGUUUGGGAAUCUGCCAUUUUGACAGCCCUUUGGAAGCCAGCCAAUAGUAAUUGAGAAUCUCCUCUAGAUGGUCCUGAGUAAAUUAUUUCAUAUUGCUCUGCAUCUGAACAAUGGCAGUACUAAUUCACAGGUUGGAUUCGAAGGGAUGUGAUAAAGCACUUAAGUCGGGUUGCAAAGCACUGCAAGCCAAAAGUGCCUGUAGCAAAGGUGAUUUCUUAAGGGCAAAAGGAGGAAAUAUUGGAACACUAUUAAAUGCAUCACGGCCGCUGGGGAAAUGAGGGUCAGGAGUAGACCCCAGUCACAAAGUGCCCAUAACUCAGCAAUGUAACUGGCUAGACCUCAAUUUCCAUGCAACAUGGGUGUAAAAAGUUCCUCAUGUUUUCUGGGAUGCCCUUUUUUUAUGCAGCUGCCCAUCUUCAAAGGCCAUGAUAGUUUGGUACUUAACUGUCUCAGCACUGAAAAUAUUCUGGUACCUCAGGUAAUUAAAAAGAGCAUUGAAGGGGUAUUCCCUUGAGGCCCACUGUCCUUAUCUCUGACAACAGCACACCUGGAGCACUUCCUGUAACUUUCUUUGUCCCAUUACACUUCUAAACCUAUGUCUGUGAGUCCAAUCUUGUCCUGUGAAUAUAAUGGGUUUGCCUGUCUAAGGAAAGGAGAAAAGUAACCUCAUCUGUAUGUUAUGAAUGGAAUUAAAUUGUGCAUUCUGUUCAUUGGCUUGUACUGGAGUGAAAUGUAUUUCUUUUUAAGCUAAGCAUUGUUGGAGCUAUGUAACAAGGCCUUUUACUAUUGAUUUCAAUGAAGGAAUGUAUCUUGCAAAGAGAUUUAUAUUAUGUAAAUAAUUCAAAAUUGGUUGUAACAAUAAAGCUGGUUUCUAACUGCAGUGA